CGACGCAGGAGUGUGACGCCUGCUAUAGUAUGUAAAGGACAUUUUACAAUUGGUGUGUAUAUAUAAGCGUGCAGAGUAGAGUCAAAGUCGACAAGUUGACAAGUUUAAGUCCUUGUUCUGUCUUUCCUCGUCUGGUAACCAAGGCCAACGAGCAAGCAGGUAGCAGAAUCAUGUUUCCCCCCGGCUACAACCAGCCUCCUCAGCCGGAGGAGAAAUCGGAGGAAAAGUGUGUGUUUUUCGUCGCCAGGGAUGCUUUUCAGGCGGGCGACCUGGCACAAGCGGACGACCUCUACUCCCAGGCGAUUGCGGAGCUGAAAGCAACGGCUUCGGAGGACUCAGUAGAGUGGUCUAGCACUUCGUCUGCGGUAACGGAGGUUGAAACCACCACGGCAGUAGAACAAGCUCCAGAUGCAGGAACCGCAACUACGACCAAGCUUAUCAAGCAGUUGCUCAGUCGGUCCCUCUGCCGGCUCAAGUUGCGCUGCCCGGAACAGGCGGAUGCGGACUUAGACGAAUGUUUGGAACUUGUCUUGCGAAAAAAUGGAAAUACUGCUGCAAGUGAUGAUGAAUCUCAACAUCCAGAAUUCAACGUUCUGGAGGAGUGGAAAUCCAUUUGCAAUGAAAUUUCAGCUAAGUUGCUGCUCAAAGAUGACUUCGACGCGAAAUUACCAUCCCCGGGGGCCGAUUCUACCAGGACAACUUCGUCAGCCCCGUCCGCCGACACCACUAGUACUAUUGACGACAUUAUCAAGUCCGACAUUCUCGGCAAAACGACCGUCCUGUCGACAUCAGCCGUUCAACAAUCCGAGGAGCAGAAGGAAUUCCUGCAGAAAAUCUUCUUCCGGAAGGGGCAGUGCAAGCGCACCUUGCAGGAUUUCCCCGCCGCCGUUGCCAGUUUUUUGGUUUCCGGGUUCUGGUUCGGGCUUUCGAUGGACUUGAUCGCGAAAGAACUGCAGCUGACCAGCCAGCAUUACAAAUUUCCGAACAGCAAAUUUUUCGCCUUGGACUUCAUGAAGUAUUACACGGAGCCCUGGGAUUGGUCGACGGUGAAGGGUUUGAAGGACUGCAAGGGGUGCGGGCAACUGACGAAUUUUGUGCACGAAAACGUGAAAAUCGAGCUCAUUCCCGGUAAGGGCCGGGGGCUGGUGGUGCGGAAAAAUACGAGCUGCGGCAAAGAACAAGAUGGUGAAAAUUUCUUCCUCCCCGCGGGUACAUUAUUGACGGUGGAGAAGGCGUUUGUGAUUGGGAAGAACGAGUUGCUGGUGGAAAAAACGGAGGAGAAAUUGAAGAUUUUGAAAUCGAGAAGUUCAGAAGUGUCUUCCACAGACACGACAGCAGCUUGUCCCUCUUCACAACAACUUGCAGAUUUCUGGCAGCUGUCGGACGGGACGAAGGAAUCCGAGACGGUUUUGCCGACAUUAGCAGUUUCUGUUGGUGCCGCUGCUGCAGAAGCAGGAGUUCUUGUCAAAACGGAUACCGUGGAUAUUACGAAAUCUUCGGAAAAAGUAGACCAUACGGAGUUGAUCGAGAACAUUCUCACUACAAACACCCACACACUGCAGACCGUCGACACCUACAACGUCCCUAUGAAAGUUUCCACCGAUGUCGAGCGAUCCGCCUUGUGGCUCCACGGUGCGUACACGAAUCACGGCUGUUUGCCCACGGUCCAUCGUGUGAUUUGCGACGACUGGCUCAUCGUUCGUGCUAUUCGGGAUCUGUACGAUGGCGACGAGCUCUUGGACAGCUACUGCGAGGUUCUCCGCCCAUUGUCCGUCCGGAACAAGUUGUUGACCAACUGGGGUUUCAACGCGGAAAACAAGUCUUUCCGUGCGGAAUUUGAAAAAGCAGUGUUCGGAACCACUGAAGCCGUCGAAGACAAACUCCGGCACGCGGCGAAAAUUCUGGAAAUCGCUGAUUUGGAAGAUUGCUGCAACGACCUGGAGCGGUUUUGCCUGCAGAAGCUGGACGCGUUUCUGCAUAGCGGGUUUUUGAGUGCGGAGUGGUUUUUGGACCUAUUGCCAACGGAUUUGAAGAGGAGAUUCGCGGAGAUAUUGGAUGGGUCACCACCAGCUUCUGCGACAGGAAAUAAACCGUCGGAGGACGGAACCGCAAAUAUUAAAAGGAACAUCAAGUACGAAAAGAUCCCGCUGCAGCGGUUCGUGGAACUGCGGUUUUUGAUAUCCGAACAGACGAAGCACAGUAAAUCGACCUGUUUCAACGACAGGGUUGAAGAGUUGAAAUUCUUCUUCCAAGAAAUUCUCCUCUACUUCGCCCUCUCCAUCUUUGCCAACGUCUACCGCAAAUACGCCAUGGCGAUCAAGGAAAAAUCAAACGGGUUCACGGGUUUUAGCGAAAUCGCGGACGCCUACGACAGAUUCGCGAAGAUUUUGGCGAAGGUUUUACCAUACAGUGAAUUACUCUGCGAAAUGCUGUCGGAGAGGCUGAAUCAACGGAGUCAACAGUAUGGAUUGACGCUGACGGAACAGAAACUGAUGUCGGCAAGUAAAAAUGUUGGUGGUUCUUCUACUUCAGGACAGGCAAAGAAGAAAAAAUCAAUCCCUGGACCAGCUUCAUCGUCGGGAAAAUUUGCGAAAAUCGAGGUCGAAGUGGUAGAAUUACUCGACUGUUUCCACAAGUGCUACUGUUUUGACACUGGGAAAAACGUGUUCUCCGACUUGGAGCAGGCAGAGCUGGUGUUUCAAAUCUUAGGCAGUGCAAAUAUGUUUAGGUCUGGAAAGAACCUGUGAUGCUGAUUUGCUGCUGAUUGCAACGCUUGCCAUGACAGCCAAGCAUGACAAGUUUUCGAAACGCUUUCUGAAUGUCUAGCACGCAUUACAAAUUGCGUAUGCGUUUUCGCAUGACAACGGAAGCGGCCCUUCUGCUGCUCACGCAACACUGAUUUUCUACAAAUGCAGGACACGCAUUACAACUUCCACUUUUCUAGCCCCAGACAUCAUAUUUGCACUGGAUAUAUCUGGGAACGGGUCAAUGUGAAACUGUUCUCCGAGGAAGUGAAGCAGCAGGUGCGGGUUAUUUGGAUCAACUACUGCAUUUCUAAUGCGGAGCAAUCUACUUCGGCAGGGGCCGCGCGCACUGCAUCAGCAUCGCAUGAGAACGUCGAAACGUCCACCGAAACACUCUUGCUUUUCGAGCCGAGCAAGGAGUUGAUAGAAUCGGUGAAAGCUGAACAAGCGGCGGCUGCGGGAGAGACCGGUGGGCCAGUAUCCAGGAGAAAACACUCAUCCACAUCCAACUUGUCAUGCGAAAGACGCAUAAAGUCCUGUGUUUGUCAUGCAAAAAAUGGAUAGGGAUUGGUUUUUUUCUGUGGAUAUCCAGUGAAACCGACCCGGUCUGCAUUCAGCUUUGACAAGAAGAUCGUGGCGGCCUCGGAGAAGAAAGGUGUAACUGAUGGAGAUAAAGGUAACAAGAAAGCAGCGAAAUCAUCAGCAGGGGACAACAAGAUGAAAUCAACACCCACUACGGCCGGCCCCGGCGCCGCUUCAACUGCGACUGUAACGGCCGGGGGCUCAACAUCAAAACAAAAACCUGCCGCAAAGGAUGAGCAAGAGACCUCUACCUCCGCUUCAACUGUUUCAAAAUCUACAGCAAAAGCGGGCGGGGGCACAGGCGGAGCUGAGAUCAUGUUCAUGGAGGGUUCUGGUUCCUCUUCAUCUUCUUCGAUGGACGAAGCAGAAAAAAGUAGACGGGAAAAACAACUACCAGUGCAAAAGGAUGGCAGUAGUGGAGGUUCUGGUAGUUCUGUUACAUCUACGACGGUCAUGGUCUCCGACGAAUCAGGAGGAGCGCUUUCUUCAGCGAGCAACCCUAUUGCCGCCCCCCUUCCGGCAUCAAAAACAAAAUCACCAACGAGGUCAACAAGAACUUCAAGGAUCAGUAAAAUUACGUAUCAAGGUACGGAUUACGGCAUCACGAAACCAGACAGCGAUGGGACGAAGUACACCGUCGCUAUCGGGCCGCUCGACGUGGCCGCCUGUCCGGAAGUGGGAGCGCAGCCAACGGGGGAGGUGCAAAUCGGGGAGGAGAUUGUGGGCCCACUACCGGACUUCUCAAUGGACACAUUUGUCGUAAAAUUCUCGAAAAAGAAAAAAACUUUGACGCUGACGUGGGAAAAGUAAUUUUAAAGGUGAUGCUCUGCAGGACCUCGACGUGACAAGGAAGAGGACUAGCAAAGCAAUUAAAUUGUUGGCGCAUCUUCUCUAGUGCAGAGGAAUUCCAACAAUCGGAGUUGUGUCUCCUAGUUGUAAGUACAACGACCAGCCUCAAAGAAGUCCACGUGAACGAACAUGACCACACCAAACAGAAACGAAGCGUCGUCGGGCAGUGGAAGAUGGUACGAUCAAUACAACAUCCCGGCGUCAGCGCAUGGAGGCGGGUUGUUCAUAGUUUAUAUCAAUCUACACACAUGCUGGAAGUGGAAGGGAGAGUACAUAGAAAGAAGCGAAUGAGCAGCGUGCAUGAUGACCGGGCCACCGCGAUUUUGUUUUGUACCGGUUUCAAGAUGAAUCAGUUGGAGAUGGAGAGAAAAAAGCAUCUGAAUAUAAGUUAGUACCUUACGAACAUACACACUCGAGCGAAAUGAAAGAAUGAGUGAAAAUCAUUGGGCCACCAGCGACGGCGGGGUGAGGCCAGGCUAUACAUUUCAAUUUUUAUGCAUCAAUAUUACAUGACGUUGAGGUUGACAAAGCGCAAGUAUGAGUGAG